AUGGAUGAGCCAAUUAAGUGUAAAAUUAGAAAUUUUGAGUGUCAAAUUGACGAUUCAUUCUUCGUUGAGCUAUACAAACGCAGGCUACGUAGUUACAAAACCGCUGAAGUCGCCCUUUGUAUCACUGCAAAUAUCACUAAUGGCGUGUUGCAAUUGAAUGAAGCUUCCUUUCAGAAUACAUUUGGUUGCACCGGAUUGUUGGUUUGUUUUAACACAUUUGCUGAGUUUUCUGGUAGUUGUGACUUUGAGAUGGUGGAAUCUCAGUACAGCAUUCUUACACACCCACUAGAGGUAGAUUUCGACAAUAAUGAUCUAAAUUAUUACACCAGCAAGUUGAGUAAAUUUGCAAUAUUUACUUAUGUGGACUUGAUUAAACUUGUUUGCCACUAUCGCAUCAUACCACUGGGCAAUUUUAAUUUCAUGGGCUAUACAUCCCAGAAAGAUGGCAUUGAUGUUAUUACUACGGCUAUGGAGAAAUUUUGGGGAUUUGAAAAGAUCUUUCUACUAAAAAAUAAAAAAAUUAAAUCCUUAAAUUCACUCAAUAUUCUCACUAACCCAUCGAAAUUAGACGCGACAAUACAAUUGCUUGUGAUAUCUGACACUGAAAGUGUUAAUUCUAUGUCAUUGCAUUUGGCUAAUGUCUUAUCAUAUGUGUGCAAUAGAUGUGAUUUAACACAAUUAUAUGUAUAUUUUGCCAAUAGUAAUGGCGUUGAAUUUGUAAAGUUGAUAGUUAAGUAUUCGGAAAGGUGGGAAAUCGUCAAUAGUAUAAUUUGCGGGACAAGAGUACUGAACAACAACAAUGGCAUUGAUAUGAGUGAUCUAGCGUCAAAUUUGCACUUUGAGCUAGCGUUGUGGCGAAUUAUUCCCGAAUUGGAUCGUGAUAAAAUGGGGAAUUUAUCAAUCGCAAUUUUAGGAAUGGGUACACUGGGAUGUGCAAUAGCCACUCAGCUUCUCAAUUGGGGUAUAAGACACAUAACUCUUGUAGAUUCUGGGAGGGUUUCAUACUUUAAUAUUGGCAGGCAAUCUCUGUACACACUUGACGAUGCGAAAAAUGGCAAGUUGAAAGUAUAUGCUGCCAGUGAUAACUUACGGAAGAUAUGCCCCAAUUUGAACGUAAAAGGAUAUAAUCUGGACAUACCAAUGCUGGGCUACUCAAUUUAUUUGAGCGACUUCAAUAAACUGGAAAGAAGUGUCAAUUUGCUUUGCGAUAUUGUUUGUGGGAAUGACGUAUUAUUUAUGGUAACUGACAGUAGGGAAUCACGGUGGUUACCCACUUUGUUGAUUUCGCAUAGGAAUUGGGGAAAUAGUCCUGUUGGCGUCACAAAUAAGGGCACGUUGGGCAUAGUUGCUUCCAUUGGGUUCGAUUCCUGCCUGGUAUCCAGGCAGAGCUUUAGAGGUUUUAAUGGGUCUUGUUAUUUUUGUGGCGAUUUCGUAGCUCCUACUAACACACAAAUCACGGGGCUAAGUGACGAAAUAUGUACUGUAACUCGUCCAGGGAUAGCUCCUAUUUGUGCUUCCCUAGCUGUAGAAUUGGUGGCGGCACUAACCCAAUCUCACUUAUCUUUUUCAGCUAUGCACGGUGACAGUAGCGCUAAAUCCUGUCUUGGCAGUACUCCACAGACAAUAAGAUUUAACUUAUCAAAUUACUCAGCAUCUACUUACUGCAAUGAGAGAAACCCCAAGUGCAUUUGCUGCUCAAGUGCAGUAGUUGAGGCUUACGAUGAAGGGAAAUUGGAUUUCCUGAAGCAAGUCAUUGCUAAGCCAGAUUUACUGGUUGCACUUACACAUCUGGACAAAAUGGACAUUUGUGAUGAUGUUAUUACUUUGUGA